AAUUCUGAAUCACCAAACACCUCAACUUCAGUUGCCCCCAACUCUAUUAGGAUUUCCAAGCCAAUUAUCAAUGCCUCAUACUCCGUCCGAUUGUUGGUAGUCUCCUGAUAAUCUAGGAGGAAUAAGUAACAGUGUUGAACCCCGUUGAAUAAUAGCCAUCCCAGCUUCAGCAGCAUUUUGGGUACAAGAUCCAUCAAAAUACAACUCCAUGGAGUGAUCUAAAGGCUGGAUAUCCUCUUUACCUUCUGCUGAACCCAUUCUUCCCUGCCCGACAGGGCCUUGCUUGGUGGAAUCCAAAGUUUUUACAGCUUCUCUGGACGCAAAGGAAGGAACGAGGGGAGAGAGGAAAAAGAAGUGAACGGAAAAGAAAGGGAAAGUAAUGGCGAGGAAUUUAGGGGUUUUGGUACGGCAGUUGCUCCCUAAUUCUAAUCGUGUCAAAAAUCACACCAUGGAAACCCUAAUCCUAGCACCAUCUUCGCAACCCAAACCAUUCUCCAAUUGCUUCAACUCCCCAAACCCUCGUUUCCUGCAUUCAGGUCGCUCAAGAAUUUGCAGCCUUUACUCAGAGGCCCGAUAUCGUCAAGUAAUGUUUGAACUUGAAGAUGUCCUAUUGGAAUCUAAACCGUCAGUAAUUUUUUUCUUCUCGGCACCCUCCUCUGCAUUCUUAAUUAUUCUUUGUGCAGGCGCCCUGGUUUCUCCAGUCCUUCAAGAUUUGAUCGAACGAUUUCCACACGUAAAAGCGUACAAGAUUGACGCUUCUAAGGAAGACUCUGACUAUGCAAUUCGGACGUUCGAUGUCCGUGCUGUGCCAGCGGUGGCCUUCAUCAAAGAUGGGGAAUGGGUGUCGAACUGUGUCGGUGCUAAUAUUGCACAAUUGAAGUAUACUUUUGAAGCUCUCUACGGUGAACAUCCCAUUGAAAGGCCACCAUACCUCGAUAGGAUUCAUGUCUAACAUACGGUCCGCGUCAGCGUAGUAAGAUGGUGAUGACAACACGACUCGAAACAAGGCGAUAUUUGGGGACCUACCAGUCCUUUCGUUUUUCCUCUUACACACUCUUAUUCAAUUCUAAGUUUUUGUUCAAAUUUCUAAGUUUUUAAAGAAUAUAUAUGAGCUACAAGUCCUUUGUGUGUGUGGUUUGGAGUCUAAAUAAGGGAACUGAUUCUCGUACCUCUUUUUCCUCGUCCACACUCUUGGUCAUUUCUAAGAGAUUUAUACAAUCAAAAUCAGAGGGGAGAAAAGUGGUGUGUGGAAUUCACUCCCCUAAAUAAUUACAUUAUGUAUCAACAUCAUAUGGAUGAA